AUGAGCUCGCUGUACGAUCUCUCCUGCUUCGCCGCUGGCCUUGCUGGCAACGUCUUCGCCCUCGCCCUCUUCCUGUCGCCGGUGCCGACGUUCAAGAGGGUCCUCAAGGCUAAGUCGACGGAGCAGUUCGAUGGGCUCCCCUACCUGCUGUCCCUGCUCAACUGCUGCAUCUGCCUCUGGUACGGCCUCCCAUGGGUCUCCGACGGCGGCGGCAGGGCCCUCGUCGCCACCGUCAACGGCACCGGCGCGCUGUUCCAGCUCGCCUACAUCUCGCUCUUCAUCUUCUACGCCGACAGCAGGACCACUCGGCUCAAGAUCACGGGGCUUCUGUUCCUAGUGGUCUUCGCGUUCGCGCUCAUUGCGCACGCGAGCAUCGCCUUGUUCGACCAGCCGGUGCGGCAGCUGUUCGUUGGCAGCGUGAGCAUGGCGUCUCUGGUCUCCAUGUUCGCUUCCCCACUGGCUGUCAUGGGUUUGGUGAUCCGCACCGAGUGCGUGGAGUUCAUGCCCUUCUACCUGUCCAUCUCAACGUUCCUGAUGAGCGCAUCCUUCGCAAUGUACGGCCUUCUGCUGCGUGAUUUCUUCAUAUAUUUCCCGAAUGGGCUUGGAGUUAUCCUGGGAGCAAUGCAGCUGGUUCUGUACGCGUACUAUAGCCGGAGAUGGAAAAGCAGCGACUCAUCUGCACCGUUGCUUGCCUGA